UCUACCCUCCACAUAUUUUGCUCACUGUGGUAUAAGCGACCGUCGGACCCACUAAGUUCUGCUACCAUUUGGGGCACAGUUUGGGGUUACAUUGUAUUACGGUGGACGUCAGUGGCUGUGAGUAGAGUGGAGAGUGGUUGAGGAUGAAGGAUAGGUGAGUUGUGAGAGGGUAGUAGCAACCACUAUCAGUCAUGAGGACCCGCAGCAAAGCGCUACACGUCUCACUUCUCAUCCUGAGUACUGUAGGCCAGCCUACACCCCAGGCCUAACUACGUACACCUUGGUGGACUAUAUUGCAUUCUGCAAUCAAGCGUUCUGGUGAAUAUGAGAUUCUGAGGAUAGUUGAGAGCUGCCAGAAUUGCAUUGCUGUGUGAAAUCUACGAUGUCUGUAAUGGAGGGUCCUAUUGUAGGACAGUCAGGCUCUGAGAACUCUGAAGCCAAGGACAUGACAACUCCUGUCCUCAUUUCUCGUCAACCCAUGCUCUUCAGAAAGCCUACAAAAAAGCUUGGUUUUCUGCAGCUGCAAAGAAAUCGGGAAAUUGAGGACAUAAGUUGGCAGAGUUUUUCAAGACACAACCAGAUGACUCGUGCAAUGGUAGAUAGACUUGGAGUUGUAAAAGAGCUAGAAUGUCACAGAGGAUGUGUAAACUGCAUUGAAUUUAAUAGAGAGGGCAGCUUGUUGCUGUCUGGGUCCGAUGACUACGAUAUUACCCUUUGGGAUGUUUAUCGACAAACACGACUGAAGAAAUUGGCUACUGGUCAUAGGGGUAAUAUUUUUUCUGUUAAGUUUGUACCUCAGAGUGGAGACAGGAUUAUCAUAUCAGGAGCAGCUGACGGUCGAAUUGAAGUGCGCGAAGUAGAUACAGAAGACGUGACUCAGGUGUGCACAUGUCAUCGUGAACGUGUCAAGAGAAUUGCCACAAUUCCAACGUUACCGAACGUAUUUUUAUCUGCAUCUGAAGAUGGUACCGUUAUGUUGUAUGACAUGCGAGCCCCACACACUUGUAAUUCACAAACAAACAAUGUUUUAAUCAACCUCCGAUGCCACACUGGUCGUACUGCAGAAUGCAAGUGCAUAACUGUUAAUCCAACUCGUCCUGAAAUAAUUGCAGUUGGAGCCAGUGAUCCAUAUAUACGAAUAUAUGACAGAAGAAUGAUUAAAUUAACUAGUGUACCGUAUCCUCCAGGAGGAAUGCUACAGAAUCAGUGGGAGAGAAGUAACUAUGCCAACAACCAGCUUGAUGCCUCAUCUGAUAACCUCCCUCCAGGCUGUGUUCAGUAUUUUGUACCUGGCCAUUUGCCAGACAAACUGAAAGAAUAUUACCGCCGCUAUAGGACACUAGCAACAACCUACCUGACAUACAGUGCAGAUGGCACGGAGCUCCUGGCUAACCUGGGAGGGGAACACAUCUACCUCUUAAAUCCCUCAAAUCCACAAUAUCCCAGACUUUACACUGCCAGUCUUACUGCAAAGCAUCAGUUUCAUUCUAAAGAGUCUGAUGUCCCUUCAAAUGGCGUUUGUAAAUCGGUUACCACCGCUACCAACGGUAUAUCGAGCCACCUUGCAAGUGGAGUAGACCGAUUGCCUUCGUUUUCUCAUGCACCAGUGCCUCCUUUACCACCUCAAGCAGAAACUUUGAAGGCCAGGGCUAACCAGGCAUUUGCAGCAGAGAAAUACAUUACUGCCCUCCAGCUGUAUAAUCAAGCAGCACAGUUAAGCCCAAAUUCUGCAGUUCUUUAUAGCAAUCGAGCUGCAGCACUAAUGAAGAGAAAGUGGGAAGGAGAUAUAUAUGCUGCAUUAAAGGAUUGCUUCACUGCACUAGACAUUGAUCCACACCAUGUUAAGGCACACUUCAGAUUAGCUCGAUGUUUGCAUCAACUAGGACGAGAACAAGAGGCACAACUUUGUCUUAAUGAGUUCAGAAGGCAGCAUCCUGACCACAGUGCCUCACCUGCAUGUACUACACUUGCCCAUGACAUUGCUACUUCCAUUUUGCACCAGCAAAGUGGUGGUGGUAAUGGUGGUGGUGGUGGUAGUAGUGGUGGUGGUGGUGGAGGAAGUGGAAGUGGAGGUGGUGGUGGAAAUAAUGGUGAUGGAGACAGUGACGAUGAAGGGCUCCUGGGUAGUCUUCCAACUCCAAGCACUCAGGAGCAAGAUUGGCGGACACGAGCAGCCGAUUACUACAAGUCUUACUGUGGCCACUGCAAUACUACCACAGACAUUAAAGAAGCAGUUUUCCUUGGAAAAGAUGGCCAGUUUAUUGCUGCUGGUUCCGAUGAUGGGAACUUGUUUGUUUGGGAUCGGCACACAACCAACCUUAUACGCGUUAUACCAGGAGAUGAAUCCAUUGUCAACUGUGUUCAGUGCCAUCCUCACACCUGUCUCCUAGCAACCAGUGGAAUUGAAUCUGUUGUCAAACUUUGGGCUCCUUUGCCAGAGAUGGAUAAUGACAGUGAACCAUUCUUGGACAUAGAAGAGAUUGCUCAAGCUAAUCAGCAACGCAUGCGUGCCGAUCCUUUGGAAAUGAUGCUGAUGCAUAUGGGUAACAUGGCACAUGUUCUUGGCGGGGGCAUAGGAAGUGGUGAAGGAAGAGGGAGUGGAGGAAGACCAAGUCAGGGCAACAAUGACAAUCCUCCUCGGGAUCCAUCCCCUGGGGGGCCCAAUGACCGAAAUAUGGCAGAUGUACAGUGUCGUACUAGCUGAGAUUGAAUAAGUUUCCAACACCUCGUUGGCAUUCUUCUCCAGCAACAAGACUGUGAUGGGCUCCACUGACUUAGGUCUGAAUUCUGAAGAACCUUUAAAUUAACUUAGGUAUUGUAGUCCACAGCAUAAAGUCAUUGUGAAUAGUAUGGCUGAUUAAAUACCAAAGAAUGAUUCCUGAAAUGGGUAUUUCAGGGUAUGGACCUUUGUUGCAGGAGUCUCCUUAGGUAUAGAUUGUUUACCAAGUGACUUAGGACAGAGAACAUAAACUUAACCUAUCCUUUAGCUAGCUUAACAACAACCUUCCAGAAUAUGGUUCUUAAAAAAAAAAUAUUGGAACCAUCCCAAAAAUUGUAAUGCAAUGAAUAAUUGAAUAGAUUAUUCAGAAAUACAUAUGUAAAGGCAAAACUGUUUUCUUGGUAAUUGUUGUUCUCGCAACACAAUCUUCAUUGGUAAUUUAUUUUGCUCGUCUUUAACUAGAAUGUUGUCUAUUGUCCAGCAAAAAUGCUUAAGCACCCUGUCAUGCAUUUGGCUUGGCGCUUUCUCUGAUAGUUCCUUCCCUCCCUGUCGUGCAUUCCUAUCCUAUAUACUUGGCACAUUAACAAUCCUUAUACAGUACUGCAAUUACACGUGCCACUGUUUUUCUGGGUUUGGUAUCCCCUCAACCAUUUAUACCUUCCUCCCCCCCUCCCCCUCUUCCAUUAGGUAGUUGUACCUAAACCACUUCUGAACUCGUGGAUACCCACUUGUCUGUCUUCAUGUGUGAUCCAUAUUCUUUAUAUGUAACUAGAUGGAGGGGUAUCCAGCAGUGCCUGGGUGCCCUUUCCCUUACCUCAUUCUUCCCACACCUGACCCUCCCUUUUCCCCAUCUACCCUCCCUUCUCCCUAUUCACCCCUCCCCCAUUUCCCCUCAUCUUACAUCACCCCUACAAAUAUGGGUAAGGUAGCUCCCAAGCAGCUGGUCCCCCAACUUUGAACAGACCUUCUCUCCUAUUAUAGAUUGUCGUUUUUGUCCGAAAAUGUCUAGUCUGCUUCAACAUUCGACAAUUCUUCUUUUGCAAAUCUAUUUCGUACACCUUUUUGGUAAAAACUUAUUGCUUUUUUGAAGGUUAAGGGGCAUUUUUAACCACAAGCAAGAUGGACACAUUAAGGUAGCAUUACUCCCUUGCACAUUCACUCCUCCCUACUGUUGCAUCUCUUCUCUUCUAUAUCAUUUUUGUGAUGUUAUUUUUAAAUCAAAAUCAUGUACAUCAAGUGGUUCUUUUACUACCAGUUAACUGAAAAUUUUAAUUUGUUUCUCAAACAAAGUGUGUUUUCACCACGAUGAAAUUUGAGGUGUGAUAUGGUAUUGUCAAAGGUGAAUUAUCGUCACCGCCAAGAUAUUUUUAAUUAGCAGAAUAACCACUAAAUACUGUAAUAUCAUUAAUGAUGCUAGAGAGGUUUGCAAUUGCAGAAUGAGGCAGUGGUUUGGUACCUAAUUACAUUCUUGUAGUUAGACUAUGCUACUAACAUUCAGUAUACUUUAUUGAAAUAAGUUAUAUACCUCCAUCAUGCAAGUGUUUGCAGUGGCACAGGAAUAAGACUUGAGAUUAUUAAUGAAGCUUUCUCUCCAUUAAACUGUAGCACAAAAAAUUUGAGUGCAUUAAGUAAUUAUGGUAACGCUUUUUCACCAAAUACUGGAAAAUUGUACCGAAUACUAAUUAAAUUUUAAAGUACCAGUACUGUACAGUAUUUAAGCUCCUGCCAAGCUUCAAAGCAACUUUGUGUGUUGGGUUGCUAAAUAUAUUACAUAUAUAUAUAUAUUGGUGCUGUAUUGUGAAGUUUAAUGCCUGUAUAUAAUUGUGUGGAGUUUAUAUUUUGUAAAAUGAAUUUGAUAUAAUGAACUUACAAUGAACAAGAGUUCACUUGUAGUAUUUGCCUACAAAGUGUCAGAAUACCUCCAGUUGUACUUGUACAUACAUGUAUAUGCUUUAAAAAAAAAUGACCUCCAUAGGAGGUUGGUUUAUUGCUAUGACUAUUGUUUUAAUAAAAUAUUGAUUUUC